UGAGCCGCGCAAGAGGUGGGAGCUCUCGUCGUUGUCGGCCAUAGUGAAAAUGGCGGGUAUUAGCUUACGUGAAUGACGACGACCCGUGCGCUCUCGAGGGCCUGCAGUCGCACAGUCGCGGAGGGUAUUAGAGUGUGCUUCGGUGUGUGCUUCGCCCGCGAUACGCGGUUCUAUUAGCGGGGCUAAACUGUGUGUCAUAUGAUUUAUCUGGGGGGUAAAGAUGCAGAAUGUAGCACAAGGAACGACCUCGGAUAGCCAGAAAAGCCACGAGAAGCAGCCAGCAGCAGUAGCAGCAGCAGCAGCAACACCAGCAGCAGCGGUAGCAGCAGCAGCAGCAGCAGCACCACCGCCACCGCUACCACCGAGCGUUCACCACGACACUGGGAAGACGUCGUCGACUCCCCAGUCCUCCACCUCGAGCCCCACGAAAUCGGAGACCGAGACCUUCUCCGAGCUGCAGCCACGCUUUAUGACAGACUCGUCGGAGAGCGAAGAGGACAGCGUUUCCGAGGUGGAGUGCUUCGCGAUUGAUCAGGUUGAAUUAGACGAGGAUCAUCCCGAGUCGUCGAAAUUUCUCUUGACUCCUGAGGAUCCUGAGCGUUCCGUGGAUCCUGAGACGCAGGCGCGUCUCGAGGCACUUCUUGAAGCAGCCGGCAUUGGAAAGCUGUCAUCAGGUGAUGGGAAGCAUCUGCCAGAUCACGAGGUGCUUCGUCGUUUAACUUCGAGUGUCUCCUGUGCGUUGGAUGAGGCUGCGGCAGCAUUAACACGUAUGCGCAGUGACAAUCGCGUGCCGAACGAAAAGCGCUCCCUCGUUGAGGCGUGCACCGACGGUGACGUUGGUACCGUUCGGAAAUUGUUAACGGAGGGCCGUAGUGUCCACGAGACCACCGAAGAGGGAGAGAGUUUGCUCUCUCUAGCUUGCUCGGCCGGUUACUACGAACUUGCUCAGGUACUUUUGGCGAUGAGUGCUAACGUAGAAGAUCGCGGCAUCAAGGGGGACUGUACCCCUUUGAUGGAAGCUGCUAGUGCAGGGCAUGUAGAUAUCGUGUCUUUAUUGCUCGCUCAUGGGGCCGAUGUCAAUGCUCAGUCUACAUCAGGUAAUACACCUCUCAUGUAUGGAUGUGCCGGUGGACAUGAGGAAGUUGUACGUGUUUUACUAGACCACGGGGCCAAUGUCGAGGAUCACAAUGAGAAUGGUCAUACACCUUUGAUGGAAGCGGCAAGCGCCGGGCACGUUCAGGUCGCUAAGAUCUUGCUUGAACAUGGGGCCGGCAUCAAUACUCAUUCCAAUGAAUUUAAAGAGUCCGCGUUAACGUUGGCUUGUUAUAAAGGACAUUUAGAAAUGGUCCGCUUCUUGUUAGAAGCUGGCGCGGAUCAGGAGCAUAAAACUGAUGAGAUGCACACUGCUCUUAUGGAGGCAUCAAUGGACGGUCACGUGGAGGUUGCUCGUUUACUUCUGGAUUCAGGUGCCCAAGUAAAUAUGCCAACGGAUAGUUUCGAGUCGCCAUUGACAUUAGCUGCCUGCGGAGGUCAUGUGGACUUAGCUAUGCUUCUGAUCGAGCGUGGAGCGAAUAUAGAAGAGGUUAAUGAUGAGGGUUAUACGCCGUUGAUGGAAGCAGCGCGCGAGGGUCACGAGGAAAUGGUUGCUUUACUUUUGAGCCAAGGUGCAAACAUCAAUGCCCAAACUGAGGAGACUCAGGAAACGGCGCUCACCUUAGCGUGCUGCGGCGGUUUUCUCGAAGUUGCCGAUUUUUUAUUCAAAGCGGGAGCGGAUAUCGAAUUGGGCGCUUCCACGCCUCUAAUGGAGGCCGCGCAGGAGGGACAUUUAGAGCUUGUCCGAUAUUUAUUGGAAUCUACGGCGGAUGUUCAUGCUCAGACACAAACGGGAGAUACGGCAUUGACAUAUGCGUGCGAGAACGGUCACACGGACGUUGCUGAUCUUUUGCUGCAAUAUGGCGCUGAUCUAGAACAUGAAUCAGAAGGAGGUAGAACUCCACUGAUGAAAGCUUGUAGAGCAGGCCAUUUGUGCACAGUUCAAUUUCUCAUCUCGAAGCGCGCCGAUGUUAAUCGACAAACGACAAAUAAUGAUCACACGCCACUUUCGUUGGCGUGCGCUGGUGGUCAUCUUGCAGUAGUUGAAUUGCUCCUCGCACAAUCUGCGAAUCCAUUUCACAAGUUGAAAGACAACUCCACUAUGCUGAUAGAAGCUGCAAAAGGAGGUCACACUCCUGUUGUUCAACUAUUAUUGGACUAUCCUCAUAGCAUUAUGAUGAGCGCUCCUCAUAGUGCUAGUUCUACACCCAUGUUACUACAGCAACCACAACAGCAGCCACCACCACAACAACAACAACAACAACAACAACAACAGCAGCAGCAACAGCAGCAGCCACAGCAUAUGGCUCAUCAGCAACAUGUACCUCACUCCCAGCAAACAUCAACACAACCUCAACAACAUCCGCAGCAGCAGCAGCAACAGCAGCAGCAGCAGCAGCAACAAACCGCCGAACAACAAGCGCAAAAUCUCCAACCUAAACACAACACGCAAAAGUCAUUGUUGAGAAAGAAUCGAUCUGUUACUAUGAUGCCUGACAUAAGCCUUACUUCUGCCGAAGCGCAACAAGUACGCUCGCAGCCCGCAGGAGAGUCGAUCACUACUACCAAGGACGAUACCAAUAUUCUUGAUAAAGGCAGUGGGGGUUUUACAAGUUUGUCAGAACCUAAUAUUAGUCUUAGUCCGACGCCGGGAGCGCAAGUGAUACAUGUCAACGAAAGUCGGAAAACUGUAACUAGGCAAGAGCAAAUUCUUCAUAAGCAACAAAUACUUGAGGAAUUACAAAGGGUAGAACGAGAGCUACAAAUAAAAAGCGGAGGACACUUAUUUCCUGGUUCAAGAAAUUCAAUUAUAAAUCAAUCUCAACCUCAGCCACAACAGCAACAAGAUCCUAGCGAGACAGAAGCAUUAUUACCUGGCAUGCUGAAUAUUGACCUACCAGCUCAAUCGACAUCUCCUCACGGUUUAGUUUGCAAUACGGCCGGUAUAUCCGGUGGUUCACUGACGUAUCCAGGAGCUAACGACGCAGCGUUGGUGUGCAGCGCUUACCUCGAUGGUAAGAUAAUGGGGAUGCAGGCUGCACAGUUCCAGAAGACACUGUCUGUAGUUCCAACUGCGACGGAAACGUUCCCCACGAAUACAUUUCCUUCCUCGCCUCCCUUGUCUCUCGCGCCGUUGCCUGUUACCACCACCACCGCCGUAUCUCUUAUUAGUGCUACUUCUUCGACAACCACGCCAAGUCCACCAAGCAUUUCCACCCCUCCAACUGUUAUAGCCGUUUCUCAAUCGCCCAUUACUGCGAGCAGUGACGUUAGUCAAAAUACUGCUAUAAGCGAUCGUCCAAAAGCUAAGCCUGUAUCCAAAAAGGAAGGAAAGAAUGUACGGAAAGCCACGUCCAGUAUUGGAAUGGCAAAAUUGCAGCAGACACAAGCGACUAUAAUGGCCGGACUUCAUCAGCAGUAUCAACAGAAGCAACGUCAACAUCCCUCCUAUCAAGUGCAACAAGUUCAACAGCUGCAGCAACUCAAUCAGCAAUUGCAACUCCAAUUGGAUCAAGUGCAGAUACAGCAGCAAUCGCAGCAACCGCAAUCACAACCACAACAGUCUCACCAACAAACUCAUUCGCAACAGCAAACGAAUAUAGUUGGUAAUAGCACGGGUAGCAUACUCAUGCCUACUCAAUUGAUGUCACACUUACAGCCUACGCAUCAUCAUUUGCACAAUCAGCAAACGGUGCAAGAGAAUCUUCCUGAGCAAACGGAUCCCGAAUUAACGCGAAAGUAUAGAGAAAGCGCGUGCGCGUUUUUUACCGGCGCUCAAAAAUCUAAAACCUUUUCUCCUAACGAAAGAGUAUUGAAAUUGGAGGACGGCACGGAUAUUCCUAUCGACGAUGCGUUUGAAAUUUUUCGCUCCAUUAGUUUCGACGAUGCAGUUGACACAACAGAAGAUCAAGAGAAACUUGAAUUGAAAAGAUUAGAUGUAUCGAAUAAUAAGGAGCAACAACAGCAGCAGCAGCAACAACAUUUGCAUACCACCCAAAUAGUUCAGCAAAGCGGAAGUCCUCACGUGUCCCAAGAGUAUUUCACUCCCGUGCUGUCAGUACCUUCGGUUUCUUUACCGGCCUUACCAUCAUUACAAGUGACUAGCGCUGGUGUCCAAAUAGAGGCAGACAUAUCAGCGGGUUUACAACUAACGAGUACGCAAUCCUUGCAAAAUCCGACGCUGAAAAAUCGUCUGAGAGCCUUUGAGGAAGGCUUUCGACAGGGUAGUAUACAUUUUCGCGAAUGUAUGCAGCAUAUUAGCGGCGACACCUUCCAACCUCAAUUAUUGCUUCAGUCUUCUCAAAUAACAUUUCCUACGCAAACAUUACCAACUGUGAGCGCUGCGACGGGAAUAAUAGAUAGCAUACCUCCUCAUCAAUCGAGCAGUUACGUGCAAUCCACAACUUGCAGCACUAAUCAAGUUCAAGUUGCUACCCAGACUCAAGCACCCGCUACUACGACAAUUGCGAACGUUGCUACCUCCGACAAAAAACAAGUAUACACCGCACCGACAACCGGCAAGGGCAAGAAAGCCAGAUAUCCUCUUCUGUCUCAGCAGCAAUCUUGCCAGCAACAACAAACUGCCAAUACUCAACAAACUCCUAAUUUUCCCACGCAAAACUAUCAGCUGGAUCCGGCAACAGGUGUUCCAACGGUCGGAGGAUAUGCGUCUAAUCAAGUUCCACCCGCUCCGUUUUCAUGUAUGGAUGUUGAUUCAGAAACUGAUAGUAAUCAUGACACAGCGCUGACUUUGGCUUGUGCCGGAGGACACGAAGAUCUUGUAGAACUUCUUCUCAGCCGCGGUGCGGAUAUAGAACACAGGGACAAGAAGGGAUUUACACCACUUAUUUUGGCCGCAACAGCUGGUCAUCAGAAAGUAGUCGAGAUUCUCCUCAAUCAUGGCGCUGAUAUUGAAGCACAGUCUGAACGUACUAAGGAUACGCCACUGUCCCUUGCAUGCAGCGGAGGCAGAUAUGAAGUAGUUGAGCUUUUGCUUAAUCGUGGCGCAAACAAAGAACACCGCAACGUUUCCGAUUAUACUCCCUUAAGUCUGGCUGCGUCCGGCGGCUAUGUGAACAUAAUAAAGUUACUACUAGGCCACGGUGCCGAAAUUAAUUCACGUACCGGUUCGAAAUUAGGCAUAUCUCCCCUAAUGUUGGCUGCUAUGAAUGGUCAUACGGCGGCAGUUAAGUUACUUUUGGACAUGGGCAGUGAUAUUAACGCGCAAAUCGAGACGAAUCGUAAUACUGCAUUGACACUCGCAUGUUUUCAAGGAAGACACGAGGUCGUUAGCCUUCUUCUCGACCGUAAAGCAAAUGUUGAACAUCGAGCCAAGACGGGUUUAACACCAUUGAUGGAAGCCGCCAGCGGGGGAUAUGUAGAAGUUGGACGUGUGCUACUUGCCAAAGGUGCGGACGUUAACGCGACGCCAGUCCCGUCGUCACGUGAUACUGCCCUCACUAUUGCCGCCGAUAAAGGACACUGCCGUUUCGUAGAACUCUUAUUAUCCAAGGGAACUCAAGUUGAAGUAAAAAAUAAAAAAGGGAACAGUCCAUUAUGGUUAGCUGCAAAUGGCGGACACCUUAAUGUGGUAGAUUUACUGUAUCAUGCGGGUGCAGAUAUUGACUCGCAGGAUAACCGUAAGGUCUCUUGCUUAAUGGCUGCAUUCCGAAAGGGUCAUAUUAAAGUGGUGAAAUGGAUGGUAAAUCAUGUGACGCAGUUUCCUAGCGAUCAGGAGAUGACGAGGUUCAUAGCGACUGUUAGCGAUAAAGAUCUUUUGGAAAAAUGUCAGGAAUGUGUAAAAGUGAUAAGAGCUGCCAAAGAGACGCAGGCCGCUAAAGCGAAUAAGAAUGCUACAAUACUGUUGGAAGAGCUCGAUAUGGAGAAGACGAGAGAAGAAUCGAAGAAAGCGGCUGCCGCGCGAAGACGAGAAAGAAAGAAGAAGAAGAAGCUUGAGAAGAAGGAAGAGAAACGUAAGCUUCACGAGGAGUACAAGAAGAAUGAGACACCUUUCGAAGAUAAGGAAGAAAACGGGAAGAAAUCGGACGAGGAAUGUGAUCGGGCGGACGAUAGCGAUCACGAGGGCGGCGACGAGAGAAUGGAGAGCGUGCCGUCUCCCGUAAAUAGAAGUCCGGAGGAUCCCGACAGAGAAGAGGGUGACAGUGGAAUAGAUGCAAAUAGCCAGGGCAGUUGUAGUAGCAAUGAUGUGAAAGCGAGAGAGAAAAAAAAGGAAAAGAAGAAAAAGAAAAAUAAUAGCCCUAGUAACAACGAUAAGGAUACGUCCCCACAGCGUUCGUCCAAGACCCUUCUUUCGCAAAACACCAAUUUAUCUCAGAACACUGUGACAUCGACUAAAUCUCAAAAUAACACUUCAGACAAGCGAAUCAUGACUAAUGUUACCAGUGCAGUAUCAGUGUCUACAACUUCGGUCACAACUACUAGAACAUCCACCACCAUCAGUUCCGAUCGAAAGCUGAAAGGACAAUUAGUUUUUGAGUCCUCCAGACAUCCUGCUGAUAGAGAAGAUUUUGAAGCUACUGGUAACGAGACUUAUGUUCCUGGCAAAGGAAAAAAGUCUUAUAAUAAUCAAUACGAUGAUACUCUAAAUACAUCGACGAAGGCGAGUAACACUAGCCCCAAGCAGAGUGGAAAACGUGAAGAAGGAUGGAAGGAAGUUGUACGAAAGGGACAAUCGGAUGAUUCGGGGAAAUUUAUGAAUUCACCGUUUCGUUCUAAGAAGGUAGUAGUUCCAACACAUGCUAUCAGCCGAGUGAUCGGUAGAGGUGGCAGUAACAUAAAUGCUAUUCGUGUAGCAACGAACGCACAUAUUGAGGUAGAAAAGCAAAGUAAAUGUCAAGUGGAAAGGAUAAUUACAAUAAAGGGAUCAUCUGAAGCUAUAAAGCAAGCUCAUGGAUUGAUUCAGGCACUUAUUAAGGAUCCAGAUGUGGAUAUAUUGCAAAUGCUUCCAAAAUCAAAGCUCAGUAUUGCAACAACCUCCUCGUGGGACAAGUCUGUCUCCACUGUUGCUGCAAGUAAAACGAAAAUUGGAUCUGUUAAUAAGCCACCUAGUCUGGCAUCCUGUACUAGUGCCAGUAAUCAAGUUAAAUCAGGAUAUCCUUUAGGUGCAUCUACUAAUUCGUUGGUUCCUAUUCGUUCAUCAUCCAGCAUGAAACUUGCUGGUGCCUUCCCUACUUCUUUGCCACGUGCAACAGCCCCUAGACUUGUGGCCGCAGGUAACGCAAAACCGGAGAAACGUGCGCAGGCCGUGGCUGCCGCUCAAAUGGCGUCUUCGACGAAUACCAAGACGACGAUGUCGUAUACGAGUGCGAUUAUGACCGCUGGUAGAGCAGGUACUAAGAUCGUCACGACCAGUACGACGCAGACGUUUGCGGCGAAGCUAUCCGAAAUCACUGCCUCGACUCACAGCUCCACCACCGUCAUGCAGUCCGCUCACACCGCACCGUUGAAUAAGCAGAAGCCCAUGGCACAAGCCGCGACCGUGACCAUCAUGUCGGCCACAUCUGCGGCGGCGACCGCUCAUCCAGCCGGCCAGCAACAGCAACAAUCCAUAGUCAGUACAUCGCCAAAGCACUGCCGAUCACUGCCCACCUUAACCGCCUCAUCGGCAAUAGCAUCUCACUAUCCCGGCAAGUCGAGUGGCUAUGCUGCCGGAACGAUUGCGAUUUCGUCGUCGUCGUCGGCCACGAACGCCGUGAUGACAAACUGUCCGGAAAAUACGAUUGUUUCGACAUCAGCCAAUUCCGUUCGAGUGACACCCUCGCCGCCAGUUGUAUCGCUGCAAACGCAGACAUUGUCGCAGCCGCUAUCAGGAACGGUACAGCAGCAACAACAAUCGAUGCCGCAACAGCAAUCGCAACAAAGCAUUUGCAGUACGACGCCAGUGGUGACUCAAGAGCAUCAGCCACAGCAGCAGCAGCAACAACAACAGCAACAACAGCAGCAACCUAGCAACACCCCUCUUGAGUACUCUCUGUUCAAUACCGAUACUUUUACCAAGGUCACGCAACAGUCGAUGUGGGGUGGAAGAGAAAACGAGACUCAAAAGGGCAUGAACUUCGCGACUGUUGCGGGCGGAGGUGUAUCGUCGAAUACGAACUCGGGACCGUCUGCGGCCAAGUUCGACAGUUCCCCACCACAGGUCGACGCUUCCAAAGCUCCUGGAUAUCGCGGUACAGCCAUGUGUUCACCCGUUUCCAGCAAGCCGGGUAACACAAGUAACGCGUCGACCAACGUGAUUGGCAACGUGGUAUCAUGUUCGGUGCACAGUAAUCCUAUGCAGCCCGCGCAGUUUCAGUCUUCGACAAGCUACAGCGAGCAUCCUUUACCAAACAAACCGCCCGGUAGUCUAGCGGUGACUAGACCAGUAAUACCUCAACAGAGUAUUGACAUGGGAACGAGCAUGACGGCGCAGUUCAAUAGACCAACGGUUUUUCAGGGUGAUUUGACAACGCGAAACGCAACGACGCACCAGCCGGCGGCGCACGUGAUAUCGUCCACGUCGCAGCCGGCACUGGACGUCAAUUUGUUCAAGGCAGCGAACAGCAGCGGCGGUAGUUACGAGCAUUCCAAUGUCAACACUAGCUUGCUGAAGAUGAUGCCGAAUGAGAGCCAGAGUGGCACCGGUCAUUCUUUGCUACCGUUUCAUCCUCAUAUGCAAAGUUUCGCUCAGACCAUCGCACCGUCCGCCUCUGUGAUCAAUACUACUGUUAGUAUGUCACGAUUGAAUCCGCGCGCCCCCGACUUCUCCAGUUCGCUUCAUUUGAACAGUAAGCCGCAGGUGACGAUGUUCAAUGCUGCUGCUGCAGCAGCAGCAGCAGCUGCUGCUGCUGCUGCUGCUGCUGGCUCAGCGGCGCUGCACCCGGCCAACAUGUUUGCCGCGACUGUGCCUGCGCCACCGCCGUCCGCGAUACAGUCCAACAAUUUAGCGAUGCUUGGUAACUAUCCAUUGGGAAAGUAUCAGACGCCUGCGCGGGCAACACCGGCAGCAAACGCCGGCAUCUCGACGACGGCACAAACGACCCGUUGGCCAUUUGCCACGCCGCACACCAGCUAUCCGCCGCACCAGGAUCCCAUGAUCGGCCAAAUGAGCUUCUCCAAUCAGUUGGCCAACAUUGGCGGCCAACCUGGUGGUGGCAUAGAUCUGAUCACGAGUCUGGAGAACGGUGGCUCGCCGGCCAUAUCUCCCUCGUCGCCGGCACAAGUCGCUCAGGAGAUGAGUCAGUUGAAGAUUGAAGACCGCAAGGUACCACGACCGAUCGGUACCGAGAGAGCAUGGAAGAACUAUUCGGCAACAGGCGGUAUGGGCCCGGGUGGGGAUGCCGAUUCUAUCGGUGGUUGGAUGGUCAACGAGAAGCAGCAGCUACCAAGCUGGCCGAAUUGCAAUCUAGCCCCUAGUAUCGACAGGCAUCAGAUGUUUCGAUCAAAUCCCACUUACAGCCAACGUAUAUCCACCGUCGAUCCCGAGCUUCACCAAAUAAUGGAAUCCUCCUUUCAGGGCCACGUUAAUACACAACAGCCUUUCCCGGCUAACGGAAAUACGCCGUUAUCACUGAUGCCGACAUUGACGUUAAUGCCGGGACAGUAUGGUGAUCUGACAGAAAUGCCGCCGAACGAGCAGGCUAAAAUAGAUCCUGCGUGGGGAAUGCCCGAUGCCGUGCAAGACAAACAACAUCCGGGGUGGACUAAGUGGACCCAUUAGAGGACAAGAACCGAUUGUGCUGAUACGCCUUCGACCACUAUAUCUAACGUGUUUUCAGAUACUUUGGAAUCUAACGAUGAGAGAAAUGAAAAGAUAGUUAAUAGCAAUAGUCUGGACUGGAUCAAUUAUUUGUAGGCACAUAAAUUAUAUUAUGAUCUUAUUAUAUUCAUUCAAACCCAGAUUCUUAAUAUUACUUGUCACACUAGAGGAUAAGACGACGAAUCCUUAAUUAUUCAACGUAUUACUAUCACAAAUAUAUCUCCCGAGUUGAUUGCAGAGUAUAAAGAGGAAAAGAGUACGAGAGACAGUUGGUGCCGAUGUCGGUUAAGGAAAACAACAUGAGAGAAUAACGUCGUAAUUAUAAUGGCGUAAUUGCUUCGUUUCUGUGUUAUCUUCCUAGCCGCACGCCGGACGGUUGCAUGUCUCGCUAUCGAAUAUCGAUUAGCAGGGACAAGCCACUCACCAACAAUCGAAUAAUGAUGAUUUUUCUCUUCUACUAACUAUUGUUGGGAAUAAUCUGAAUUUUACGAUAUUUGGAGAGCACCUCGAGAUAUAUUCGACACGAUGAUCCAUGUGUGAAAUUUACGUUUUGUAUUACUACUUUGGUCUAUUUAUAGUAGCGCAUAUUUUAAAAAUUACGCCGGAAAUGAAUACGAAUUAUCCGAGAUAAAGCUCUCUCGCCUCAGAUUACAAGAUUAAUUUAAAAUUACGAAUGUCUUGCGUUGAGGAGCACAGCUGUGCUCCUAGCACCAUGUCGAUUACGAUAGGUGAUGAAAAUUACGUGUUACUAUUUAGAGCGCUGUAAAGAAACGCUGUAAUCUUACGGGCUGAUGAUACAAUCGUGUAAAUAAUUGCUUCGCAAAACGGGUGAUUCCGAUUACUUCCAUGCUGCAAAUCGAGAGACAGAUUCAGGUUGAAAAACAAAGAUAUGUAAAGAAUAUCUUGGGAAUCAUAUUGGCUCGUCGAACCUGGGUACGUGUUACUCUUCUUCCACCUUUUGCACUUACGCUUGAAUUCAUCACCGUCACUCCGCUGAGUCUGACCUUUGCUUCUAAACUGUGUCCCAGAACUGAUAUGUUGUAAUUAGGGGAAAAGAAACAAAGAAGCGUUCCUUUGCGCUAUAGAUUCGAUCAUUAACUACGUUUAAUCGUAUCUAACGACUGUUGUUACGCGUAGAUAAACGACUUUACAAAUCUCUUCCCAUCAACGGGCGUACGUUGAUACUGUGUCAGCAAAUCGAUCGCAGAAUUCAAACAAAACAAAGACGAUGAGCGACAUCGUUUUAUUAAUUAAUUAACCGUUUAAAUCGAGACUUUCAUUAUUUACUCUUGAAUUUUUACAUCUGUUUAUAUAGACAGUUCUUUGUCGAACAAUCGCCGUAAUAUUGAAUCGCACGCUCUGUUUCAAGCAGAUCUAUUCGGAUAAAUUGUCAUGAUCGUAACAAAUUUAUAUCGAGCUCACACACACUCGAAACACAAGAAUCCUACACGUAUCGUACACCACAUGCAUAGACCAGGUUCGGUAAAAAAAAUAAAAAAUAAAAAAAAUAUCGAAUUUAUGUAAUGUGUCAAGAGAGAGAGAGAGAGAGAAAAGAAAGAUGUGUCGUGAAAAUCUCGAAUAUGCAAUGUAUUAAUAUAAUAUACCGAAUCCUAUUCAGAUCAAUGAAUACAGUUCAUUGUAAAAGUGGUAGUGGGCCGCCAACGCAUGAGGAUAUAGCCGUGCGUCUCUAGUGCGACAAUGCUAUUAUAAUAUUAUUAUUGCUGUGGUGGUGUAAUAAUGUUUAUUAUUAUAUUAUGGUUAUUAUUACACGCAAAACGUAACUAUAGGAAAGAAAGAAAAAAAAGAAAAAACAUAGAAACAGAAAGAAAGAAGAGUAAAAGAGAGAGAAAAAAAAACGUCACCCCCUGCUAUCUCGGCUGGACUUAGUAAUGAUAUAGUAUAUAGAUAUACAAUACACAAAUAAACAAAUACACACACACGCACACAUACAUACACACUCGGAUACAUAAAAUGUUCAUUUCGAUUGAACAUUUGAAAAUCUUUCUUGGUGGGGAUUUCGGCAAGUGUUCAAUGCAUAGAGACGAUAUACUAUAAUUGAAACGGUCCCCACGCGAGCGUAAGUUUCACUGAGAUGAAUUAAGAUGAUGAAGCUGAAGGAUAACGACGAUGAUGAUAAUGAUGAUAAUAUGAAGCUCAUGGAAAUCCAUAUGAGGGCUUUUUGACCUAUAUUCCAGGGAGCGCUUCAAUUAUUCUCUAAGGGGAUAUAUUGUUAUAAUUUAAAGCCUAUUUUCAAAUUUGAUUUAUGAUAACUGCGAUAUAUGAUAUAAAACUAUUAUAUGACAUAUAACAAUAAAGCAAAUAAAUAAAUAUAA